AUGCUGAACCAACAAGUAUCUCAAAAAGAAGGCAAAUAUCCAAAACGCGCUCCGUCAGUAUCCGGCAACCAGAAGAAUGGCGGUGACUACCAAUUAUCCGGCGUCACGUCCAAACAGCUAAGCUUGGAACGUCAAGUUGUCGAGCUCAACUCACUGAAUCAAGAGCUCGAGCGUCGACUUCAAGGCGCUUCUGAAAAUUUCCGCCAGGCGAGAUCCCACCACGAGCAAGAACUCGCUCAGCAACGAGCCUCAAGCCAGGCUAUUGAGCUUCAAGCAAGUGAGCACACUGCUCUUGCUCAACAAUAUCAUGCUCAACUGACGGAAAUGAGGGGAUCGAUGGGAACUUCGUAA